CAUUGGAUGUUGUUCAGUGCUGUGUCGAAGUGGAAUAGUAGGAGGACAGCCACACGUGUCUCUUGGCUUCGUCAAACGGUGCUUGUGUUGUGGUUAAGUGCAAUCACCGUGAUUCGAAGACAGCAGUUUGAAAAGGGAAACCAGUGAAAGCAAGAAAAACGUAACAAAAGAAGGGCAAACUCUGGUGAUUUGAAACCGUGGUCGUGCGCUUUUCACUUAAGUUGGCGAAUCGGCACGAUCCACACUCAUCGAUAUUCAGGCAUCGAGUCUCAUUCUUGGCUACAGCGAAGUUAUUCGUGUGUACGGUGGACGAGAGGGAGACAAAUGAGAUGCCUCCCUUGUUGCGUGAGCAGUUGCAGAAUUCCUACGGCGACAUGCCAUCAGCCAACAGCAGCAGCACUGGCAGCAGCAGCAGCAGCAGUAACAACAACAGUGGACGUAUCAAGUGCGUCCUGGUUGGUGAUGGGGCCGUUGGCAAAACGAGCUUGAUUGUCAGCUACACUACUAACGGCUAUCCCACCGAAUAUAUCCCGACUGCUUUCGACAACUACAACGUCGUAGUUAAUGUGGAUAACCAGCCUAUACUGCUGCAACUCUGCGAUACUGCCGGCCAGGAUGAUUUCGAUAACCUAAGGACGCUCUGUUACGACAGCACUGAUGUCUACGUGGUCUGCUUUAGCGUCGUCUCUCCCGCUUCUUUUGCCAACGUCGCCUCCAGGUGGUUACCGGAAAUCCGUCGCCAUUCGCCCGACACGCCAGUCAUCCUAGUCGGGACUCAAGCCGACCUAAGAUCCGAUGUCAAAGUGUUGAUUGAACUGGCUCGCUACGGAGAGAAACCGGUGGGAGAGCUGGAGGCCAUCCGGCUUGCCGACAGACUGGGAGCACGUACCUACGUCGAAUCGUCGGCUCUGACGCAACGCAACCUGAAGGAAGUCUUUGACGAGGCCAUCGUCGCUGCCCUGUCUAGCAAUGACGAUUUGCGCCGAUUGACGGCCGCCACCUCGUCUGGCCGCUCUGGCCGCACGGGCAACCGGCUCCUCAAUUCCAUCCGCGAAAACUGGCGGCUCUCGCAAGCCAGCGGCUCGACGGAACGCGGCGGCCUCCUCUUGCGCUGCUCAUUGCGGCGCAGCAAAAUGGCCGACAAUAACCUUAGCGCUUCGAAACAGCCGGCAGGAGGUAAGAAAAAUGCCAACAAGAAAACGUCGCUAUGGAAACGGCUGCUGUGUUGCCAAUGUUGUUGCGUUUCGUCGGCGUAAAUUCUCGUGAUUCCAAACAGCGUUUCUUUCAGCUCGUUUUUGCAAAAAUUGAUUUCUACGAAAGAAGAAGAUGGACUGUGAUUCUAAUUCUUAUCUCCACCCCACCGUCGGCCAUGAUUUCACUAGACACACACACACAACGGCUUCGUUGCUUGGAUGAACAAUUGGUUUAAUACUCAAAAGCGACAAGCUUGAUGCACUGAAAAGAAAAAAAUGAUGACAUUAAUCGAUUGGUUUACCAAGAGAAUGUCCUUUUUUCUUUCCCAUGUUUUUAUUUUCAUUUCUUCUUUUGCUUGACGACAAAGGAAAGAGGUGUGUGUGUAUGUAUGCUUUAGAUUUGUUUGUUAUGUGGUGUUUGAUUGUCCACAAUAUUUGCCGGCCGGACCCCGUGAGAAAAGUCUAGACUGAAAAGCAUAUGUGGGGGUUGGGGUUUUUUGGGUGUAGGUGGGGGGGACUUUUUUCUGCCUACCCUUGGAUUUAUAUAGCGUGAGAGAAAAAAAAAAUAUAUAACGUCGCUUUCUCUGCGGGAGAGCUUGACAACAAAAAAAAAAUAUGUAAUUUUCCACACACAAAAAAGGGGGGAGUUAAGUAAUAGGCGCGAUGAUGCCAUACCGUUUUGAAAAAAAUGUCCACCGCUAUCAUUACCAUUGGCUUUUUUUCUUUUUAUAUAAAUACGUCUUCUUUUGUCUGGUUCUAUUAUUUUGUUAUAGUAUAUGACGUGUAUACACGUACCCGAAUUUUUGUGUAUUAAAAAAAAGUGUAUAGCAAAUUCGGGGGAUUUUGUUUUGGCGCGAUCAUUCGAAAAAGAUUUCCUACACCCUAUAUUGUAUACAAAAAGAAAAUUGUACAUUUUUGGCCUCUUUCUCUUUGUGUUUGUUUAGUAUAUUUUGUGACCGUUGUACUCGUUGAUUGUACUUUGUAUAGUUCUUCUUUUCUCGACAAUUCCAUUGUCUACUAGAAUUUCUUUCGACUGUGUGUGUGCGUGUGAUGCACACACAUCCGUUGUCUUUCCUUUCUCCUAUUUUCUCUUUAUUAUUCACAUUGUGACCUUCUCUAUCCGCUGUCUUGCAGAUAAUUACACGAUGAAAGUACGUACUACA